AUGUCUCACAACGAAGAUCUCUGGACAUGCUGGGGCCGUUACACAAAUGAAGCAGCCAUCAAGGCAGCUUCGAACUUCGACGAGAUUGUCCUGAAUUUUUCUGGUCGCACUAUGUUCGCCGUUCACCCAGUGCCUACCCGUUAUCUAAACAGUCUGAAUCCAGAAGAGCAUCGCAUGCUCCGCCAACACCUGGACUACAAACUUCGUGAGGGCGUGCACGAUGACUUUGACCGGGCUGUGGGUGAGACGCUUACCAACUUGAACACGCUGGCUAACGUGGGACGUCAACGCAAUGUUCAAUUCGACAACGAAGUCGAGUGUGAUGAUGGAUCUCGAUACCGUUCGCCUUUGCCAGGUGACCGGCCUGGACAGGGGCUCUUCAAUGACUUUGUUCCUCCAAUGUCCUCAGAUGAGUGGCGUCCUCGACGGAAUGCUCAGUCCGGAUCACAGCAGCACGCUUCAGUUGCUACAGAUCCUGCGGCAGAGUACUACAAUGACCCUAUGCUACCACCUGGAUCGGGGCCGGGCUUUUGGCAACCUAUUUCGCCACACCUCACCAACCGUGGCUAUUCUGCUCCUGAAGAGAACAAUGUCGACGAUCAUAGGCCGCCCCGGCGAUUGCGUUCGAUUCUGAGGUCUGUCGGCCAUCGGUUACGUCCACAACAGCCAUUACAUCCGGAGGAACUUCCCGUACGCGCCGAUUCUCCUCGCCGUAGUCCUCGACAAGACAUACAAGGACGCAAACCAUUGCCGGUACGAGAGAGCACUUCUCACGAUGCACAUUCACUGCAAGAGCAGAUGAAUAAGCCAUUUGAAUCAGAUGACCGUCCGUCGAGUUUCAACGCCUUGGAUCCGGAUCUCUACACUCUGCGGCCGAACCACGCUCAUAUUUACGAUACCUAUGAUUCAGUGCCUGAACACCGUUCGCAAGAUUGGGCGGCUGAGCAUGGUGAGACUCUUGCGCCAUUCCAGGAUUGGCCACAACGACGGGCAAAGUCUUCAACUCGGCGGCUAGCAGCCCAGACGGUUGAGGACGACGAGCAAUUCGCUCGAAGCAUGCAGCAGGAUUUCGAUGAUGAAGGCGUCGCGCAUGAGCUGCAAUCCAAGCUGCAUGUGGGUGACCGUCAAGAUGUGCUUGGUACCGAAUAUCGAGGUCGGACCAAUCAACAACCAGCUUCUAGGUAUGACUACGAUCAGCGCUUUGACGAAGACCGGUUUGAUGAGCUCGACAAGGAACGACUUCCACGCAUACCACGCGUGGGCCGCUCUGCUCUGUACUCUGGAGGUGGUGGUAUGCUGCGUGGCGUUGGUGUGGAGCAUCGACGUUUGGAGACUAGACAUCGAUCUGAUGAUAGCGAUCUUUACGAAGGUAGGCAUCAUUAUGGGAGUGGUCAUCGUCAUAGGGAUAUACAUCACGCCGAGGAUGAACACCGACUCCACGGCCGCCAUCGAGCUUCCAGCAAGUAUCGAUCGUCCGCCCCUCACUCCCCUUUUGGCCCCUUUCCCUCCUCGCUCAUCCGCACCGUCAUCCGCAACGGCACACGCAGCGAUUUCUUCGAAGCGCUGUACACACUACAUCCGAACCAAGCUCCCUCGGUGUAUCGUAUUCAUCGCUAUCGGAACGCUGAGCGGACGUCACGGCACGAGCCAGCGAUUGAGGCGAUGCUACGGGUUGGGCGCGUGAAGGAUGUUGAACGCGUGUUUAGAAAGGAGAAUACAAAUGCGUUGUUUGAAGAGCUUGGGAUGGAGUCGAAGGAUCGGAAGGUGUUUUGGUAG